UGGAUCUGCUGUAGCCUGUUGUUGCUGUUCGCUUUCGCCCCGCAUCGGUAGUUCAGUCGGUGUUGUUUUUCCCGCGUUGAUACAAAAGUUGAGGACAGAGGAAAGUGUCCCUCGUCCAGAUCCCAACCUGAGUCUGUCUUCGUCUGAGAAAUGGACGGAGAAGAGGACGACUUCAUGUCCGGGAGCCACUCCGACGACGGCGGCGGCACUCCAGUUCAGGAUGAACACCACGGGUCAGACGGCGAGGAGAUGAGGAGCGACGGGCAUCAAUCUGAGGACGAGGGCAGCAAUGACGACGACGCCCCCAACGCGAUGGAGACCAGCGGGGCAGCCAGCGGCUCCGACAACGAGGAUCACAGGGGGGCCGACAGCGACUCGGAGACGGAGGCUCCUCGGCCCGCCGACAGCGACGACGACUCUCCGGUCAAACGCGGGACGAGCGGCUCGGACAACGAGGACGAGUCGCCCGUCAAACGCGGUGCUUCAGAUAACGAGGAGGGCGGAGGGUCACCUCCCCCCAAACGAGCGGGGAGCUCCUCGGACGUGGAGGACGGGGAGGAGAGGUCCAAAGCGGCCGCAGACAGCGACUCCGAAUGUGACGCCAAACCUGCGGCGUCCCCCGACCGCCGGUCCAACGCUGACAGUGACUCUGACACAGAGACGCCUGGCAGACGCAAGGCGGCACAGAUAGACUCUGAGGAGGAGGAGGAGAAACAGCCGGAGGAGGCAGAGGGAGGAGGAGGGAAGUGGAAGGCUGUGAUGCAGUCUGACAGUGAAGAGGAGGAGGAGGGAAGGAGGAAGGCUGCAGCAGGCAGUGAUGGAGAGCAGCAGGAGGAGGAGAAGGAGCAGAGGGAUGACAGCGACGAUGAGGAGGAGAAGCCAGUGAAGAGGAAGAAGGCCAUCCUGUCAGACAGCGAGGAGGAGGAGGAGGAGAAGGCAGACACACCAGCGGUGAAGCGGAGUCGGGCGGUGUCCGACGACGAGAACUCGGACAGCGACGGGGGGUCGGUCGGUCCCGACAAGAGCCUGGCCGCCAAACUGAGGGAGCUGGGCUCGGACAGCGGGAGCGAGGAGGACGAGCGGUCGAAGGCCGCGGCGGGGAAGAAGGACGAGAAGGCGCUGUUCGGCAGCGACAGCGACUCCGGAGACGGCGACGAGGAGGAGAAAAUGAUCGCAGACAUCUUCGGAGAGUCGGGAGACGAGGAAGAGGAGGAGUUCACGGGCUUCAACCAGGAGGACCUGGAGGGGGACAAGAAGGAGGCCAAGGAGAGGCAGCUGCAGGUGGAGGAGGAGUCCGACUCCGACGAAGGCGUCGACCGCGGCGGCCAAGACACCAGCUUCAUGUCGGACUUCGACCUCAUGCUCGCUCGGAGGAAAGCCAUGAACAGCAAGAGGAGGCGUCACCGCGACGGAGGGACGUUCAUCAGCGACGCCGACGACGUGGUCAGCGCCAUGAUCACCAAGAUGAACGAGGCUGCUGAGGAGGAUCGAACGCUGAACAGCCACAAGAAGCCGGCGCUGAAGAAGCUCACGCUGCUGCCGCAGGUCGUCAUGCACCUGAAGAAGCAGGACUUGAAGGAGACUUUCAUCGACAGCGGCGUGAUGUCGGCCAUCAAAGAGUGGAUCAGUCCUCUUCCAGAUAAAUCGCUUCCCGCUCUCAGAAUCAGGGAGGAGCUCCUCCGGAUCCUACAGGAGCUGCCCAGCGUGAGUCAGGAGACGCUGAAGCACAGCGGGAUCGGACGAGCCGUCAUGUUUCUCUACAAACACCCCAAAGAGUCCAGAUCCAACAAAGACCUCGCUCUCAAACUCAUCAACGAGUGGUCGCGGCCCAUCUUCGGCUUGACCUCCAACUACAAGGGCAUGACGAGGGAGGAGCGUCAGCAGAGAGACCUGGACCAGCAGAUGCCCCAGAGACGACGACUCAGUUCUGGAGGUCAGACGCCUCGGAGAGACCUGGAGAAACAGCUGACCGGAGAGGAAAAAGCUCUGCGACCCGGUGACCCCGGAUUCUGUGCCAGGGCUCGAGUGCCGAUGCCAUCCAACAAGGACUACGUCGUCCGACCCAAGUGGAACGUGGAGGUGGAGUCCAACAGGGGUCCGAUGAAGAAGGGUUUGUCCCGCGUCGAUAAACAGAUGCGUAGAUUUGCUGACAUCCGCCGCCUGACGAAGCCGGGUCACGCCGUCAAAAUCAGCGUGGAAGGAAACCGGAUGCCGCUCUGAUUUUAACCUCCGUAGGAUUUAUUCACUUUUUCUUUUUAUUGUGUUGCUCCUGAACAAUCCCACAGUUCUCCUGCCGCCUCGUCCUCCUCAGGUCCAGAUCUGCCUUACUGAAGGACUGAGGUCUGUGUGACUGAAGUCAGAAUGUGAAAAUCUGCUGUAAACUGUCUGAAACUACAGGAACUCACCUGGAAUCUGUCCAAAACAUCCGAAAUGUUCUCAAAAUGUUUAAUAGAAUCAAAGAUGGCUGCUCCUGUUAGCAGUCAGUCUCCAAACAGCAGCUAAUGUUAGCAUCAGCUACUUUAACUUUAGCUCCAAACCAAUGUUAGCUAAUGUCAGCAUGGUGUUUACAAUACCUCAGAGCCAACUGAGUUAGCUAAUGUUAGCAGUCGACUACGCUAGCUUCUUCUCUUCACCAUCAGCUGUUUGACGGUUUUAAAGUGACGAUUCUCUUAAAAUCCGUCUUUAAAGUAUCGACAUGAACCGAAACAGCUUCUCGGCGUACAGUUCGUCACACGUCAAAGAUUUCUGCACGUUGAUCAGGUGAUGUUGCUUUAACUUACGAAGCAGCUAAAAGUGUUGGACAUGUGUCUCCGUGGAAACUGCACGUAGAGCAGAAGACAGGAAGUAACGCUGACACUGAAUGAGCGUUUUUGAGUCUGUUGGUGUUGAGAGGAUCAGAUGUAGCUGAUCUGAGGAUCAUUUUGAGCUUUUUGUCUAAUAUUUGAGAACAGAACCCCCUCAGGCCCUCUUUCUGAUCAGGUUCCUCCUCCUCAGUCCAGUUUGUCCCCUCUCUGCCCCCAUAGCGGCUGUACACAACCUCUGACCCGUCUGCAGGACUGAGUUCACGCCGCAGUUCUGUCGGAUCCCAGCCAGAUCCCGGUGUAAGAUCUGGAUCAGAGUCGGCGUGUUGGCCCGUCUGUCUGCACUGUUCUGGAUCAGAUGAUACUUUUCUUAAUAAAGACUCAA